CGGCGUGCGCCGGCUUUUUCCUUCGCGUCGUCGCGCCAGCUGAAUCGCAUCAAUGGGGUGAAGAGAGACGCGCGCGUGCGCUUGGGGCCGCGGGUCAAAGUUUUUUUUCUAAGCGUCGUCGUCGCCAAAGUGGCGCGCGGGGCAGUGUUAUUCGCCGCAUGCUGUCUCCUACGCACCAACUAGCUAUACCGCGACCACCAUGACGCACUGGCAAGCGCCACCCGUUCUUUACACGAGCGUCGAAGCAUGCGUAGCCUUCCUGGCGACCGUCGGGAACCUGGCGGUUCUCGUCUGCUUCGCGCGAGAGCGUCGUCUGCGGCGCCGGCUGACCAACUACUACAUUCUAAGCCUGGCAGUAGCGGACCUCCUGGUAGGCGUCAUGGCCAUACCGUUCGCGGUGCUCACGCGAGCCGGGAUACCGCACGACUCUCCGCUGGCCUGCGUCGCGAUGCUGUCCUUCAUCGUGGUCCUCUGUACGGUGUCGAUCCUGCACCUGGUGGCCGUGUCGGUGGACCGUUACUGGGCCAUACUAUACCCUCUGGCCUAUCAGAGACUGGCGUCGGAGGCUGUCGUUCUGAGCGUCGUGAUCGCCUGCUGGCUCAGCGGGUUCGUGCUGGGUUUCCUGCCCCUGCUCGGAUGGCACGACUCCGCGGCCGCUUCGAGCGGCGACUGCCUCUUCUUGCCCGUGAUGAAGUACAGCUUCCUGGUGUUUCUCUACUUCGCCACCAUCGUGUACCCGGCGCUGCUCAUCGCCUUCUUCUACAUCCGCAUCUACAGCGUCGUCCGCAAGCAGCUUCGGCAGAUCACCGUGUUCGCGGACAACGUACGAACCGAGCACGACGGCACCCCAUCGCGAGGCGCCGGGAACAACAGCCGCUCCGACGAAGCCCUCUGCACACUACCACUCAAGGAGACGCCAAACCUGAGCGAAGUGGACCGGUGUCGGCGACUCAGCGCCGACUUCCACAAGCGGAACCCCAGGCCUUCGCCGACGAGCCAAAAGUCCAACGGCAUCGUUUACACCGAAGAAAACGACCACGAAUCAAUCGUCAACCACAACGGAAGGCACCAGAAGAUGAAGGAGGAGGCGAACAACCACAGUGACCCUGCGCCCGACGUAGGCGACAAUGGAACAGCGCUGAGAAACGGGCACGUCGAGGAGUUCGGUCACUACAAGAGGAACCGACGGAAAAGUAGCGACAGCCACCACCAGGGUCGCCGUAUGCACCGAUGCAACAGCGACUGUUCCCACUGCUUUCCGCUGCACCUGAAUCACCACCACAGUCAGCAGCACAAGCGCGAGGUUCGCACCGCCAAGGCCCUGCUGUCCAUCGUGCUCUUCUUCAUGAUCUGCUGGUUCCCGCUGUACACGCUCAACUGCAUCAAGGCGUUCUGCGUCGGAUGCGACACGCCGCAUUGGGUCUUCGACGUGCUCAUCGUUCUGUCGCACGCAAACUCGGCGCUCAACCCGUUCCUGUACGCUUAUCGCAUGAGUGACUUCCGCAACGCCUUCAAGCGUCUCCUGAGGUGCAAGUCGCCGGCGCCUCUGGCCGAGGUCUUGCUGUUCUACCGCAACGCCGCCGGGACGCCACCCGUGCAUAGGGACUCCGGAGGAGGACCCGGCCAGCGACUCGCCGUAGGAGAAGCUUCGACGCCAGUCCUGUAGAUGCACGAAGGCUCCAUAAGCGUGGUUCUUCGAAGAAAGGUGCUUGUAAACCGAAUUUUCACGCCUUCUUGCAUUCAUAAGCGACGUUGGUUUGCUGGACAUGUGCUCACGCACCCCAGAUACAACACCAGAUUCGUCCAGACGAAGCUGUGGCCGGCGUCGAUCGCCAGGAUAUACCCACCUAUUACCACAUCCCAUCCGUGACCACCAUCGCCAAAUUCUGGAACCUUGUUCCCGAUGGAUCACCUUUCGCGGAUGUCACUUUCAAAUACAGGUUGAAUGGCUUAAUCAGUUCAGCAGAAGCGGAUGUGACGAAAGGAAACGGCACACCUGGCAUCAGGGUUGUUUGCCCGUCUCGCACAUUUCUGCGCAUUCAAGAAACAGCCACAAGAGCGAUGGUCCUUGCUCGAAGUUAUGUCACGAAAAACGUGGAAAAUAAGAUCGGCCGAUUGAGAAUGCGGCGUCCCUGACUUUACAACGUACCCGAAGGCCGGCAAGGUAACUCAGUCCUGAUUCCGUGCCUGCUUUCUACGUCACCCGUCGAGAGGGGUGAACAAUAAGCCGGCCUUUGUGCCACAGAAUCUCGACAGAGAUCUCCGAGACUCAGCAGUUGCACGGGUACCAGAAACGGCCAGUCUGCGCUCGUGUCACGCAGUCGGUGCGCUAGUUUUGGGAACGCUGCGCUCAGACUCUAAGGAACGGCGUGGAGUGCAGAGGUCAGCUCUGACUGAGUGUCAAAGGAAACGACUGUUCCUCUUCUGCUUCAAAAAUUGUGUGCGACUGACUGUACCAUGUGGGAACGAUUACCAAGGAAAAUCUAUGUGCCAUUCUUUGUGUUAUGCUAUAUGCGUGUGUUUGUGUGCACCCCCUGUCGAGUGACUCUACUUAAUCAAAAAAUAAACUUUCACCAGUGCGCUCUAAUUGUAAGCCAGAACAAGGGAGAGAUUCAGUGCAAGUUGGAGGCUUACAGUGAUUAACAGUGGUAGAACGAGGAAUCGUCGUUGAAACCAUCAUUUCGACAACGGGUCUUGUCUUGAAGACACCUCCCUUGUGCAUUCUCUGUUCUACCACUCCUAAUCAUUCUAAAAUCAAAUGCGACAUGCGCCGUAAAUCCUUGCCAAACGUUGCGAAGCCAUUGAGUGCGCUACCGGCCCGGACGUAGUGGGGUCCUCGUAGACAUUUCGUCGCUUCAAAGCCCCAGAGAUUGUACGGUACAAUGCUUCCCAACGGCAUUCCUAAAGUUCGGAGCACCUUGCGUGUCACAGGAACUC